GCUGCGUGAAUGAUCUCAUCCCUCCAGCAGCUGCAUGCCGCAGCGACGCGAAGACCCAACUUUCUAUCAAACUUCCAAGUUGCCUUUCGGAGGAAGACACGGGGCACAUUUUCGCUCCGAGCCGGAACCCACACGCCUCAGGCGACGGCAGCGGAGGAAAAAGAGGUUUGCCCACUGGCUGGACGGCGUCUCGGAAUAAUAACAGCAGCCUGCUGCGAGGUGAAACAAAAGGGGGUUGCGUGACAUCCAAAAAGGAGAAAAGGGUUCAGUGUUGGAGUGAGAAAAAUGUCAAGUGACAGUGUCACUGCUGUUGACGAGCCAGUAUGCAAGCCUGAGUGCUGAAGAGCUCUCCUUGUUCUUCUUUACUUGUUGAUCCAGACAAUCACAUCGCUCAUGAGGUCAGGGAGCGGCGUCGCACCCCAGAGGCAGCCAUGUCGACCUGCUAAGUGCCUUUAGCCUUUGGCACUGGUGUCAUGACCAGUCUGAGGCGCCUACCCAUGGAGCGCACUGUUGGGGGUUCCAUCCCCGCCACUAAUGAGUUUUACACCGGCCACCUCCGAAUGGUCAACGGAGCAGCUGUCCUUCCCCGCACAGACAAUGUCCACGCCACUGUGAGCACAGGAGUGCCUAAAAUGGGUGUCCGGGCUCGGGUGGCCGACUGGCCCCCAAGGAAGGAAGUUCACGGGCCUCUGUGGCACCCAUCUGCUGAGACGGAGAACUCUGGUGUGCCCUCUACUGGAAAAAGCCACAUUAAAUUAGGUUCUGCUUUGAGCCCUCAGGACUCGUCGAUGCUGCGCAACAUCCACAAUACUCUGAUGAGUCGAACCCAGGCCCAGGCUAACAAUUACAGCCCUGACAACCGUUACCUGUCCCCAGGAGACUAUAGGGGCCCUGCACAUAGAAACCCACGUCAGAGACGAGUUCGUCAGCGCAGCAAUAGCGACAUGACUAUUAGCGAGAUGGAAGGCAGUGGAGACAGUGGGGAAGAUUGGGGUCCGUCAUCUGGAGCCAAAUGGUCCCCUCUUCACCGUGAAUAUGGCAGCACUUCCUCGAUUGACCAACAUGGGUUAUCUGGAGAGAGCUUCUUUGAAAUGCUGAAAGGAUAUCAAGGGGACAAGCUUGAUCAGCGUAGCCCUGCUCCAGAGAAACUAGAGGACAUGUUAAAUGUUGGGGCUAAGCAAGCGAUCAUAGAGCUUCAAGAGGAUGUCGCAGAUGGCCAUCUUCCUAAGCCCAAGGACAGAGACAAGCCUCCAAAGAGACGGACCAAGUCUGAGACCGGGGGCGAGUCUAUAUUUCGGAAACUUAGGAAUGUUCGGGGUGAGUUGGACUCUCCCAGAGCAGGGUCUGACAUAGAGGACAGUCGAACAGAGGACAUGGCUCCCCCUAUGAAGCCCUGGGUCUGCCCAAAAGGAUUUGCUCACCAUGAUGUUCAGAGCAUGUUUUUUAACCUUAAUGAAGUUAUUCAGCUGCGACACACUGCAUCUAAGAGGAAAAACACCACCACCGGGGCAUCAGCUGCCGCCGUAGCCUCCGCUACUUCCACCCUAUCAUCCACUCACAGCCUGCCUUACAGCUCCCCUAGUGGCAGCCAGGAAGAGCUAUCUAGAGAUAGUCCAAGCCUGGAUGCAGGCGAGGAACAAAGCAAUGAAAUGCUGCUGAGCUGCCCUUGUUUUCGCAAUGAGAUUGGUGCGGAUGGCAAUGGGAGGCGCAGACUGGGAGCAGGUGGGGUGGGAUAUCAUGGACUUGUAGGUGGUGGUGGUGGAGGAGGAGGAGGCAGUGGGUCAGGGACCCUGACUGGGGAAACCCACUUAUAUGAAACCACACUCAGCACACACUGCACUAAUGCUGGAGUAGCAGUUCUUGAAGGACCAAAGGAAGGACCCAGCACGCUCAGUGAAAAGGGCAAACAAUACAUCGUAGAGCACGUGGACCUGGGGGCUUAUUACUACCGGAAACUCUUCUACCUUAGGGAGCACUGGAACUACUUUGGGAUGGAUGAGGCUCUGGGUCCAGUUGCAGUGAGCCUGCGCAGAGAGAAGCUGGAGGACGAUAAGGAGCACGGCCAGCAGUACAACUACCGCCUCAUCUUCAGAACCAGCGAGCUGACAACUCUAAGAGGUUCUAUACUGGAAGAUGCAGUGCCUUCCACCUCCAAGCACAGCACCACCAGAGGGCUGCCCGUCAAAGAGGUGCUGGAGUACCUUCUCCCAGAACUGGAUCUGUCCUGCCUCCGACUGGCCCUCAACACGCCCAAAGUCACUGAACAGCUGAUGAAACUGGAUGAACAAGGGCUGAGUUUUCAGGUGAAGGUCGGGGUGAUGUACUGCCGAGCGGGGCAGAGCACAGAGGAGGAAAUGUACAACAACGAGACGGCAGGUUCCGCCCUGGAGGAGUUCCUCCAGCUCCUGGGGGAGAAGGUCCGCCUCAAGGGCUUCACCAAGUACAGAGCCCAGCUGGACACCAAAACCGAUUCCACGGGGACCCACUCCCUGUACACUUCCUACAAGGACUACGAGAUCAUGUUUCACGUGUCGACUCUGCUGCCUUACACGCCCAACAACAAACAACAGUUGCUGAGGAAACGGCACAUUGGGAACGACAUUGUGACCAUUGUGUUCCAGGAGCCAGGAGCUCACCCCUUCACCCCCAGGGCCGUUCGCUCUCACUUCCAGCAUGUCUUCAUCAUCGUACGGGUGCACAACCCCUGCUCUGAAAACACGUGCUACAGUGUGGCCGUCACCCGUUCCCAGGACGUCCCGUCUUUUGGCCCACCGAUUCCCAAGGGGGUAACCUUCCCAAAGUCCACCGUCUUCAGGGACUUCCUGUUGGCCAAAGUCAUCAACGCAGAGAACGCAGCCCACAAGUCGGACAAGUUUGGUGCCAUGGCAACUCGCACACGGCAGGAGUACCUGCGGGACUUGGCAGAACGCCACGUCACCAACACCCCCGUAGAACCCACGGGAAAGUUCCCUUUCAUCUCUCUGGCUCACAAGCGGCGGGAGAAGAUGCGCCCGUACAGCGGGGCGGAGCUGCGGAGUCUGGGGGCCAUAACUUGGCAGGUUCACGCUGAAGAUCAGGUAGCAGGGGCAGAGCGCGAGUGCCUGUUGGCCGUUUCCAACGACUUCAUCAUCCUGCUGGACCAAGAGGCCAAAGCAGUAGUGUUUAACUGCGCCACGCGUGACGUGAUUGGUUGGUCGUCGGGGAGCCCCGCCUCCAUGAAGAUUUACUACGAGCGCGGGGAGAGCGUGUCACUACGCUCCAUAAAUAACAACACAGAAGACUUUGGAGAGGUGGUGAAAAGACUGGAGCUUCUGACCAAAGGCAGCCAGACCACAGAGAUGACGCUGCGUCGGAACGCCUUGGGCCAGCUGGGCUUUCACGUCAACUUCGAGGGCAUCGUAGCAGAAGUGGAGCCCUACGGAUACGCCUGGCAGGCGGGGCUGAGGCAGGGCAGUCGACUGGUGGAGAUCUGCAAGGUGUCUGUGGCCUCGUUGUCCCACGAGCAGAUGAUUGACCUGCUCAGGACCUCGGUCACUGUCAAAGUGGUCAUCAUCCCUCCACAUGACGACUCCACACCACGCAGAGGCUGCUCAGAAAUCUACCACAUGCCACUUGUGGACUACAAGAACCACAAAGAGGGCAUGCCCUACGAGUUGAAGUUCCCCUUCCGGCCAACAAACAAUAACAACGCCAAGUGGCCACGCACCUCAUCCAGCCCCCAGACUCGCACCUCUGGCUCAGGGGGAACCCUGAUCAAGGCGCCCUCCUCAGACUUCAGUGACCGCAACUGUGCUGCCAUUCCUCGCAGCGUGUCCAGUGACGGUCGGCCUCUCAACCCAAAAAGAUAUUCUCCAGGGAAUGACAACUAUGCACUCGCCUGCUCCAUUGUGAUGGGUCGCACACUGCACAACACCAACUCCCCCUCCAACCUCUCUUACACAGACGCCGCCGGCUCCAGCCAGUGGAGGCAGAAGUCCAUGCCUGACGGGUUUAACAACAACUGCCAGUCGCCUGGGCCAUCUGUGCGGCAGGUGGCCGGUGAAGGGGUCAACGGGAUAAAAGGUGGCUCUGGCGCCGGUGCUGGAUGGUCCCGAUCUGGGGAGGGGGAUGCAGCUGGCAGAGCGGGAAACAAAAGCAGUUCAGAAACUGUAGUUUCCAAAAUUGUGAUUCCUCGACUCCAGCCGUCAGAUCAGAGCGGCCACACGUCUCCUAACAAGAACGCUAAGGGAGAUGCUCCGUAUUCAUCCAGCCAGUCGAGCAGCAACACACUCUCCAGCAACGCCUCCAGCUCUGCCCACAGCGAUGACAAGUGGUACGAAGUGGGCUCCCACUCCGGGAUCCGGACCGACCUGGAGCUCAACGGCUAUCUCCAGGGCACCUCCACGGACAGCGGCAUCGACGCCUCCUCCUUCACUGCCACCCAAAGCAGCACAGCUUCCUCCACCGGUGCCUUCAGGGCCAAGGAUAAGAUCCCAUGGCAGGAAGAUCCAGCAGGCAGCCAGAGAGCCUCAGACGCUUCACCCCCAACCCCAGAUUCUCUCAUCGCAACGGGAGGCAGCGAGAUCCCGGAGAAGGACCCGCCCGCCUAUCUGCAGGGUCCUGACUCGUACGGCCCGUGUGAUGCCACCUCCCAGUCCAGCACAAUCAGUUCCAGUCACUCAGGGAGUCCGAUGGGACCGGGCUGCGGCGCUGUGACGCCACAGAACGAAGCAGCGGCCACCAGCAUCUCAGCCACAUCCCAGAGCUCCCAGUCCCCGGGUACCAAGAGCUUCUAUCCUCGUCAAGGGGCAACUUCCAAGUACCUUAUAGGCUGGAGGAAGCCGGGGGGGACUGUGAACUCGGUGGACUUCGGCAGCACUCGCAAACGGCACCAGAGCGACGGUCUACUGGGGGGUCAGCCCCAGCUCAGGGCCAACCUGCGCGGCUCCCAGUCGCCCCAGCGGCAGACCGCCAAGUCCAGCCUGGAAGAAGACUUGAAGAAGCUCAUCACGCUCGACAGUCCACCACCAACAAGUGAAGAAAAGCCACUGUUUCCCAGCCCGCCACCGACCCGUCGCUCUCUCCAGAGAACGCUGUCAGACGAGAGCAUCUACAGUGGACAGAGGGAGUCGUGCUUCAGUGCACAGCGCGACAUGCCGACCGACCUCCUGUUCACCUGCUCCACGCUGCCUCGCUCCCCCACCACCCGUCAGGGACCAACCCGGCGAGCCUCACACAAAUCGCUUGGAGACCUGUCGGCCCCAGAGAGCUCAGAGCUGGAGCAUCAGAAGAAGAGGAAGAUGCAGCAGCAGCCGCCGCCGCAGCAGCAGCAGCAGCAGCAGCAGCAGCAGCAGCAGGACCAGGAGGACCCUGCUCUCAUGCCGCUACCUGACACCGGGGUAGAUGGCCCCCUUGACUGGGAGCACUUGGUGGAUGCAGCCAAAGCUUUUGAGGAGAGACUGGUUUUCCUCGCAGCCCAAGAGGAGAGCUCCAUGACGGAGUGCGAAGAGGCUGCCGGCGCCCAGCAGGCCGAGCCUCAAGCCGCUCCGCUGAGACAGCCGUCUCCAGGAGAGAUUCCAGCCUGUUUGAUGGGGAAGGUGGACCAGCUGGAGACCAUGGUGAAGGCUCUACAGCAUGACCUGAAGAAGGAGAAAGAUGCCAAGGCGUCGCUGCAGGCGCAGAUCCACAGCCUGCGAGAGGACAACCAGCGUCUCCUGGAGGAGUCCUACAGCGCUUCAGCCAAGCUCAAGAAAUUCACAGAGUGGGUCUUCAACACCAUUGACAUGAACUGAUGCACACAGACGCCAGGCUGCUCCGCCUUGGGUGUUUUAACCACUACUCGAGCAGAUUUCAACUUUCAGUGCUAUUAAUUCAACAGACGUUCUUACAAAAUCGCUCUGCAAACCAGUGCCAACAUGGAUAUACGUGCCCAUCCUUCUUCAGCCUUGUGGAUCUGUGGAAUAAUCGUCAUAAAAGACAGCGUAUUUAGAAAGAAAAGCGAGCAGUGGUGUAGCUGUGUGUCAUUUUUUUUAUCAGCAUGCACUCCUUUCCUAAGGAGGACAAAAAAUAUGUCAUGCUUUGUUUCCAACCUAAUGGACCGUGGCCCUGCAUGCCAGAGAGAGCAAGAUCUCUGAACUAACCUGAAGGGAUUCAAAUUUCCUGUCCCCAUUCAGGUCCUCAGCUAACCUUAUUACAAAUGAACCAACUUCUAAUGAAAAAAAAGAAGCUUAAAACUCCCUCAUCCCAUGCAAGAGUUGGGGAUUAUAGCCCCAUGUUGCUCUGAUAAAGGUUGACGCAUUCUUAGAGUUAAAUGUUGUAAAUUUGUUGAUGUUUAGACGUUCUUCAGUUCUCCCAAUCCAGAGAUGACAAAACUCACUAUUUUUGUAUUACUAACAAAAAAUAAGCUACAAUGAUGGAACAUUUCUUCUUCUUUUUUUUGUUUUGAUGGUAGUGUGGGUAGGUAGAGGCGGCAGACAGAUCCUUGACAUAGCACACACUGUAAACACUGUAAGGUGAGGUACCUGUCUGUGUGUAUGAGAUUAUGAAGGUGUUUUAAGGGUCGUUGCAAGUUGAACUAAGACUACUGGUCACACGAAAAGAAUAUAUAUUAUAUAAACUCACAGUGGGUACCAUAAAAAUAUAAAAUAAUAAUUCUGAUUAUUUUGAAUAUGUGAUGUAAACAUUUAUUUUUCUCAUGCCCUCCUGUGAUAUGAAAAUAAAAGUAUUUAUGGCAAAGAUGAUGGCCAAUUUGCAGUUGGAUAUAUAUAUAUAUAUAUAUAUAUAUAUAUAUAUAUAUAUAUAUAUAUAUAUAUAAAAUGUGUGUGUAUAUAUGUGCCUGUUGUGGGCAGUUUCUUUUGAGACUCAAAAGUCAGAGUGAUGGUGAAAUACUAAUUCUUCUUUUCCUCUAACUUAUAUUUUGUUGCCUUGCUUGCUGCAGUGGAUUGAUUGACAUUGCCACCUUGUGUUCACCAAAUGUAACUACAUGGAGUUCCCCCUUUUCUCAUUCAAUAGCAUGAUGAAUGGUCUCAAUCGGGUCCUGACAUUUCACUGUAGAUGAAACUGGUAUUUACAUAGUGAGAUUUUGUUGUGUAAAUCUCCUAAAUUCCAGUUUUCUGUAGCAUACGAAUCUGCUCCAAAGCAUAACAUGAUUUGGCCUGUACAAUAUCAAACAAAGCCCUUAUUUAAGCCGCGUACUGCAACAGCUUCCUUUUGUACUCUGACACUGUGCAACUGUGUAUAUAGAGAAUUUAAUAUGCAUCAAGAUUUGCACCUUCAUUAUUAUUUUCUACUGUUGUUUUUUUUUUAUGUAUUUUUGCUUCAGUGGCUGGCAGAGAGUAAAAGGAGUCUUUUAAAAGGUCAAAAGGCAGAGACAACAAGCUGAACUUGGACACAGCGGCCCCGGUCCCUGACAGAGCAGAUUGCCCCUUUGCCCUCAUUCUCAACAUGUGUGAUACCACGUGAUUAUAUUUCCAUUGAGCUGUGACGUGUAAAAUAUGUUUAUAU